AUGGCGGAAAACAGCGGGAAUCCGCUUCUCUCGACUUCACGCGCAUCGGACACAAGUCCCAUUGUUCAACUACAUCCACUCGUACUCCUCACAAUAUCAGACUGCAUAUCACGACACACAUUACGGCAACAGCCAGGACCAGUCGUUGGGGCGAUCAUUGGCGCCCAAAAUGGCCAGGAGGUCACAAUGGAGGUAGCUUUUCAAGCAAAGCUCAAGUCAAGUGCAAGUGGAGAGGUCACUCUUGAUGACGACUGGUUCAGUAAGCGGUUGGAAGAUUUCAAAGAAGUGCAUAAGCAGCCUCAGCUCGACCUGGUGGGCUGGUUCACACUUGGCCCUGCUUCAGGGCCAGGUCCUCAUGUUCUCCCGAUACAUUCCCGCAUAACAGAGCUCUACAACGACUCGCCUAUACUCCUGCUUUUCCACCCAGAAAGCACUUUCACAGAAGCCACAGCCGCCGGCAAGCUGCCACUCACACUCUACGAAUCGCUCUCUGAGAAUGCGCUCAGCGAUCCCAACGAAAAGGCAAUGGACAUCGAUGGCGCUGUACAGGCAAGAUCUACCAAGUUCAGAGAGUUGGUAUAUUCUGUGGAGACAGGCGAAGCUGAGAUGAUUAGUGUGGAUUUCGUCGCUCGCGGAGGCGGUAACGCCACUGCUGUUGAAGGCUCUGUAGACUCAUCUGCUGCCACAGCUGGAUCCCCAAAGACAAAUGAAGAUGCGAUAAAGAAGGGCAAGGGAAAGCAGAAAGAAAAAGACAGCGAGAAAGACGCACUCAUCGACGAAACAGCAGUGCUGGAUGCAGACGAUGAGGAGGUUCUCUCAUCGCUGACAGCGAAAAUGAACGCUAUCCGGAUGCUUAGUCGGCGUGUCGCCCUUCUCCGCGCGUAUCUCGAUGCACUACCGUCCUCUUAUCUAUCAGAUGCAUCCCUUCCACUGGAUACGACUCCAGACGCUCAGAGUCCCAUCCCAUUGGAUCACACAAUCCUUCGCAGUAUUUCCGCCACACUCGCGCGCCUCAAUAUCCUAGCUCCACCAGAUUCCGACGCAUUCACCCUCGAGUCGCAACAAGAAGCUUCCGAUGUUCAGCUCGUCAACCUUCUGGCUUCUAUCACCAACUCGGUAUCUUCAGCAAAGGAACUCGGCCGCAAGAGCCAGAUCGUUGAGAACGCCAAGAAUCAGGGCAAGGGCCGGGUGGGGAGUAUCAUGGGCGGGUAUGGUGGACCACCCGAGGGCAACUUCUUCGAAAUGAGCGGGAGUAGUGGUGGCAUGAGAGUUGGUGGCGAGAGGUGGUCAUAA